AUGUCCUAUCCUCAGGGUUACCUCUACCAGCCCCCGGGCUCGCUGGCGCUCUAUCCGUGUCCGGCUUACGGGGCUCCGCGGAGCGAAGACCUGGCGAGGUCGUCGGCGUUCAGCCCUUACCCCGGAUCGGCUGCUUUCUCCGCCUCGGCCGGCUCGGGCUUCUCCGGCCCGCUGUCGUACCCGGCGGACCCUGCCACGGGAUUCCCAUCAUACAUGAGUUCUCCGUACGACGCACACGCCACGUUAAGUUACCACCCGUACGGGGGGCCCGGGUACCCGUACCAGCUCAACGACCCGGCUUACCGCAAGAACGCCACCCGGGACGCCACGGCCACCCUGAAGGCCUGGCUGCAGGAGCACCGGAAGAACCCUUACCCGACCAAAGGCGAGAAGAUCAUGCUGGCCAUCAUCACCAAGAUGACGCUGACGCAGGUGUCCACCUGGUUCGCCAACGCCAGGAGGAGGCUGAAGAAGGAGAACAAGAUGACGUGGGCGCCCCGCAAUAAGAGCGAGGACGAGGACGACGAGGACGGGGACGGCGAGAGGAAGGAGGGCGUGAAGAACUUGGACAGCAGCGAGGCUUCGGCCGAGGAUGAAGGUAUUAGUUUGCACGCGGACGCGCUGACGGACCACUCGUGUUCCGCCGAGUCCGACGUGGAGAAGGCGGCGGCGUGUCGGCCGCCGCGGGAUUCGGCGUCCGAACGGGCCCGGCACAAAUGCGAAGACGACGCCGAGGAGGAGAAGCUGCACGCUUCUGGCUUCCAGCUCUCGCCCAAGUCGCUCAGCGGCUCGCCUCCGGUGGGAGUCGAAGCGCCGCUUUCCGCUCAUCAGCACCACCUCCAGCACUUCCAGCACCUCCAGCAUCUCCAGCACUUCCAGCGCGAGGAUUUCGCGAGGGGCCUCGGGACGAGCAACGCCGCGCACGCCGACAAGUCCUGCCCGGAAAGCAGAGCGCCCGCGGGGCUUUCUCACAACCCCAAACCCAAAUUGUGGUCACUGGCGGAGAUUGCUACCUCGGAGCCAAAGCGGCAAGUGGGCCGAGCGAGCUGCCCCCCGUCGUCCUCCUCCUCUUCCUCAGGGGGCCUUCUAACCCCCCCGACCCCCUCCGCGACCUCCCCGUCUGCCACCUCGCCCUCUCUCUACCCGACCCCCUCCCUCAUCGGAAGACCUAUUUAUUACACCUCGCCCUUUUAUAGCAAUUACACAAACUACGGCAACUUCAGCCCGCUGCAGGGCCAAAGCAUCCUGCGCUACUCCAACUCGUCCGGGGUGAGUCUGGCAUCCUCCGCCGCCGCUGCCGCCGCCGCCGCCGCCGCCGCCGCCGCGGCCAACCAGGGUCUCGGCGCUCAUCAGGCUCCGGAGGCGCAACUCAGGCCGGACUCGCCCGUCCUGCUUCAAAUCAACUCAAACCAGACCGGCGGCGGCGCUGAGCAGCAUCAGAAACAACAUUUCAGAGCUGCAAAUAUGGAUGCAAAAAAGGGAACGUAGAAUUCAGAUUGUGGGCACAAGUCAGGCCUCUUCAGAUUCUAUUUUGUAUUAAAAAAAACAAAAAAACAAAAACAAAACAAACACUGGGUGGAGACGUAAUUAGCUCACUC